AUGAUGGAUAUGAAAAAAGAAAAAGAUUUAGAGGACGUUGUUCCGUCUAACAGUUAUGAUACUCACCAUAAUCCCCCUCAGAACCAUGACGAUGUGUUUGGAGAAAUCACUGACUCCGGCCCCAACUACCGAAAUGUAGGAUGGGCAGGAACAGUAAUUCUCAUGAUGAAGAGCCAGAUCGGCCUCGGUGUCCUUUCAAUUCCAGCCGCUUUUGACACAUUAGGACUCGUACCAGGUGUCAUUUGUCUACUCGUCGUUGCAAUCAUUACAACAUGGUCCGACUAUAUGGUCGGCGUGUUCAAGCUGAACCAUCGUUCAGUAUACGGUAUCGACGAUGCAGGUUUCUUGAUGUUUGGUGUGAUCGGCCGUGAAGUUUUCGGCUUUGUAUUCUGUUUAUAUUGGAUUUUCGUCGCCGGCUCAGGAAUGCUCGGUCUAUCAAUUGCCCUCAACUCCGUCUCAACCCAUGCCACAUGCACAGCUGUCUAUGUUGCCGUUGCAGCCGUGGCAGGAAUCACCUUCGCUAGUAUUCGCACGCUCGGAAAAAUUAGUUGGCUCGCGUGGAUCGGACUAGUUUGCAUUCUGAUCGCAAUCUUCAUUGUCACCAUCGCUGUCGGCGUUCAGGAUCGCCCCGUCUUAGCCCCGCAAGAGGGACCUUGGAAAUCCGACUACAAGGUCUUUGCCACUCCCACAUUCAGUGAAGCCAUCACUGCCGUUGCAUCGAUUGUCUUCGCCUACGCCGGCACACCCGCUUUCUUCUCUAUCGUAUCCGAGAUGCGCGACCCCAUCUACUAUACUCGCUCAUUGAUUAUCUGCCAAAGCACCGUCACUGCUGUCUAUAUUACCAUCGGUGUUGUAGUCUACUACUACUGCGGUUCAUAUGUAGCCUCGCCUGCUCUUGGAUCUGCUGGUGACACUAUGAAGAAAAUCAGUUAUGGCUUUGCCAUUCCAGGUCUUCUGGUUACUGUGAUGCUGUUCAUUCACCUUCCCGCAAAGUUCAUCUUCGUUCGCGCCCUUCGAGGCUCCAAGCACCUCGCCUCCAACAGCAUGGUGCACUGGGGUUCGUGGGUAGGCUGCACCGCAGGAGUCGGUCUGAUUUCCUACAUCAUCGCAAGCGCCAUUCCCGUAUUCGACAGCCUUGUGUCGCUUAUCGGUGCUUUGCUUGGCACAUUCAUGUGUUUCCAGCCCAUGGGCUGCAUGUGGCUGUACGAUAACUGGAGCAAGGGCAAGGUCCACCGCUCCCCGAGAUGGAUGGCUAUGGUUUGCUGGAGCGUCUUCGUUAUUGUUAUUGGUACUUUCAUGAUGGUCGCUGGUACAUAUGGAUCUGUUGUCAGCAUUAUUGACAGUUAUGCGGCGGACGGCGGUUCGUCUGCUUGGUCUUGUGCAGAUAACUCAAAUUCGACAUAG